AUGCGCUCAGCGGCCUCCUCGCCGGGCCACUCCAACGGUGUGGGCACCAUUGCCUACUUCUCGCCCGCAAGCUCCUGUCCCGAUCAGUACACGACAGCCGGUGUCGCUGCCAAAAAUGCUGAGGGCGCGAUUAGUUCGUCUGGAUUAUUUGUGCCGCCCUUCGUUAGGGUGCCGUUUAGGUCUGGGCACAUGAGUGACAGGCUGGUGGCUAACCCCCUCGUCAACGUUUUCAUGGAGGCUCUCGAUAGAAAUGAGACCGCGGUCGUUUGCUGUCCCAAUGGUUACACUGUAGGGUUCAAUGGCGACUGCUUCUCGCAAGUCCCAGAGUCCGUAUAUGGCCCAACGACGACAGCGUGUCUAAGGAACAUUGACCCAAAAGCCGUGUCCUGGGUGAACGCGACCUUCACCUGCAACAACACCGCUGUCUCCGGGCUUGUAUAUUCUUACGUGGCGACCAGCUACGAGGUCACGACCAAGACGCGGACCUUUACCAGUGUCCUGAGCGACUCCUUGCUUCCGGUUGCUUCGAAACCCGCAAUGACAAUGAUCUACAACGCGGCUGUGGAGACCGGGACUGGCGGCACCGGUGGGGGCGGCACGGCGGCUGCGACUGGGACGGGGGCUCCGAGUGCGGCUCACGGGGUCCGAAUGACGACUUCAGGGGGUAAUUUAGGGAUUCUGGUGACGGUUUGGGCCUUUGCGGCGCUUGCUGGUGUUGCUUUGGCGAUGCCUUUGUGA